CUCUCUCUCUUUCAAAUUUACAUGGAGAGCCGAGAAAGGACCGGCGGGGGGGACCCACCUCGCGGCUGGCCGCUCUGAAAACCCAGUUGUCUCGUUCCUUCUCCGUUCUCUCUCUCUCUCUCAUCUGCGAACUCUUGCUGUCUCUUUGUCUCGUUCUCCACCAUCCCUUUCACUCGCUCACGCGACUUCACAUUUCCUUGUCGGUGAAGGGGACUAAGCCGAUAUCCUCCGUCGUUAUCCAUGCGGAAGAGGGCGUCGCAAAUGCCUUCCGGCGAGUCUUUCUCGUCCCCCUUUACCUCCUCGUCCCUGUUGUCGGCAAUUCUGGUUCUUGGGUCGUUGGGCAGCGGCUUGGCGGGAGACCCUUUUGCGUACUUCGACUGGACCGUGUCGUAUCUCUCCAGUUCGCCUCUUGGAUCCAAGCAGCAGGUGAUUGGGAUUAAUGGGCUGUUCCCAGGGCCCAUUCUUAAUAUCACUACCAAUUGGAAUAUCGUGAUCAAUGUCAAGAAUGAGCUCGAUGAGCCAUUACUUUUGACAUGGAAUGGAAUACAGCACAGGAAGAACUCUUGGCAAGAUGGUGUAUUGGGGACAAAUUGUCCGAUUCCUGCUGGAUGGAAUUGGACAUACCAAUUCCAGGUCAAAGAUCAAAUAGGGAGUUUCUUUUACUUCCCGUCCUUGAACUUCCAGAGAGCGGCAGGUGGAUAUGGGGGAAUCAUAAUAAACAACAGAGAUGUUAUUCCCCUACCUUUUGCAAUGCCAGAUGGAGACAUUACAUUUUUUAUUAGUGACUGGUAUACUAAAAGCCAUAAGAAACUUAGGAAAGACCUAGAAAAGGGAAAAGACCUUGGGUUUCCUGAUGGUAUCCUAAUUAAUGGCUUCGGUCCCUAUCAAUAUGACAAGCAACUUGUUCCAGAUGGCAUUACUUAUCAGAUAAUCAAUGUUGAACCAGCAAAAACUUACCGCAUUAGGGUGCACAAUGUUGGUAUUUCCACUAGUUUAAAUUUCAGAAUACAGAAUCAUAACUUACUACUGGUGGAGACUGAAGGAUCAUACACAGUUCAGCAAAUUUAUACAAACAUGGAUAUUCACGUGGGGCAGUCAUACUCAUUCUUAGUCACAAUGGAUCAAAAUGCAAGCACCGACUACUUCAUAUUUGCCUCUCCCAGCUUCAACUCCUCUAAGUUCAGUAAAGCCGCCGGAGUCGCUGUGUUGCACUACUCCAACUCUCAAGGGCCGGCUUUGGGCCCUCUCCCUGAUCCUGGUGAGAGCGAUGCAUAUGUCUCAAUGAAUCAAGCCAGAUCCAUAAGAUGGAAUGUCUCUGCUGGUGCUGCUCGUCCCAAUCCACAAGGUUCUUUUAGGUAUGGUGACAUUACUGUUACAGAUGUGUAUGUCAUCCUUAACAGAUCUCCGGAGCUUAUCAAUGGAAAAUGGCGUACCACCUUGAAUGGUAUAUCUUAUUUACCGCCUUCAACUCCCCUAAAGCUUGCGCAGCAGUUCAACCUUCUUGGUCUUUACAAGCUUGAUUUCCCGAAUAGACUAAUGAACAGACCCGCCAAACUUGAUACUUCUUUGAUAAAUGGAACUUAUAAAGGUUUUCUGGAAAUCAUCUUCCAGAACAAUGGCACUAAUGUCCAGAGCUACCACUUAGAUGGCUAUGCGUUCUUUGUCGUGGGUAUGGACUUUGGAGUAUGGACGGAAAGUAGCAGAACCACUUAUAACAAAUGGGAUGGAGUUGCUCGUUCCACUACGCAGGUUUUUCCCGGAGCUUGGACAGCCAUCUUGGUUUCACUUGACAACGCCGGCAUUUGGAAUCUCCGCACAGAGAAUCUUGACUCAUGGUAUCUGGGUCAAGAAUUGUAUAUGAGUGUUGUCAAUCCAGAAAAUGACACAGAUGAGUUUCAGUUGCCUGAUAAUACCAUAUACUGUGGCGUACUAUCUUCGUUUCAGAAUGACCAAGCUCAGAGGUUCAAGUUUUCCAGCGCAUCAUCUACUUCUAAUGGACGUAAAACAUUUCUAAUGGCAUUGGUAGCAAUAGCGUUUGGGUGCUUCGUCCUUUCACCAAGUUAAAUGAUUCAGCAGCAAGGACUUAAUGUUAUAGCAAAAUGGGAGCAUUUUCCAUGCUUUGAGGUUGAAGGCAAGCUAUGGCUCUUCGAUUGUGGAGGUCAAGAUGUCAGGAGAACAAGUCAACCUACAAUUUUGCUGGUCGAGAAUGGUAGCAAAGAGGUGGAAUCUGCUAACAGCAAUUAAAUCUAUCAUACUACGCAAUUGAAAGUGCUAUGCAUGUAAGAGAGGAUUGUAGAAUACUAAUCUUUUAGAAGUGAGUCAGUGGGAUCUCUAUACUUAAUAUUGCUGUCUCUGUUCAUUCGUCUUUUUGUGGGUAUUUGUAUUGUUUUCUAUUUAAACAUAAAUAGAGGAAGGCCUUUUUGAAGGCUUAUGUUGAUGGAAGUGUUUAUUCUGUAAGCCAAAUCAGAUAUCACUUCUAAGGUUCUUCUUCAAAUAUUGCCCUCCAGUACGCGAACAUUGUAAGCGUCACAGGGCACUGUUCAUCUU